UUGCUUUACUCCAGGUGGUAUCUUUCAGUUGCAGAGGGCUUGAACGUUUUCCCCAAGACAAAUCCGUACAAAAAUUACCGUUGAGUGAAAUGGCAUCAUAACUAUGCACUCUAAAACGGCUCUAUUUCCAGUUUUCCUGAAGUACCACACAGUCUAGGUAGGACAAAUGGCUAGUGGCCCCAGUUUCUAACAUUCUUAUGUUUUCCUAAGUGUCAGAAACUGCAUUUACAGUUAAAACUGAGUCUCAUUAAUGCAAAUGUGAUUUAUGUGCAUUAAGAUGUGACUUGAUACUUCAGAAAAAUGAGUUAGGAAAGUUAUUUGAUGUAAAGCAGAGGAACAGGAUUGAAUGUAUUGCAGUUUGAAGAUCAGGGCUAAGUUAAGUGUUGUGUUCUCACAGUGCAUCUCGGCCAGCAAACCCUUCUGUUGUGUUUUGGCAGCUCUGCAGGUGGGAGCGCCCAGGCCUCCUUGGGUGGGAGGUGCGUCUAUCACUGCUGUGCCAACAGCUUCUACAAAUGUCACUGGUCUGCUCUAGGUGGUUACACAAAGACAGGCAUGCAUUGUGCUACUGAGACAAGGUCAGGAUACACCCAUCUAAAGUAUUCCUGUAAUUUCAGGUUAUUUAUCUUGCUUUUAUGAAAAUCAUGAUGUAGCAAAAAAAAAAACCGGUUUACUUGUGGAAUGAAAUAUGCUGUGUGGUUUAAAUCAAGAUAUUUGUUUCUUUACAUAAUAGUAAAUGAAAAACGUUAGAAUUAGGUUCAUCUAAAUUAUUAAACUACUUUAAUUGCUAGGCAGAGCAGUUUGCCUUCAGGCUAGAAAUCUGUGCAUCAGAUUUCAGACAGAUUUUUUUAAAGUAAAGGAACAUGUAAACCCUUCAAACCAAGAUUUAAAGUGCAAAAUCUAACUAAUCUGUAACUACAGUUGCAUCAGAACGUGAGUGGAAUUCCACUAAUGUAGUGUUGCAUAAAGCCUUGCUUGCUCCUCCUACAUGCACUAAAUAUAGAUGUGCAUGAGCAGCAAUAGCAAUUUGCCUAAUAUCUGAAUCGGCUAACUAGCAUUUGCCCUGAAACUGUGUAUGUGGAUGCUAACUUCUCAGGUUGUCCCUGCUUGGAACAAGAACUGCUUGAACCGCCCAGAGGAAAGAAUGGCAAGAAGAAAUGUCCUCAUUACAGGUUGCUCCUCAGGAAUUGGAUUUGCUUUAGCGGUAAAAAUGGCAAAAGAUGAACAGAAAAGAUUUAAAGUGUAUGCCACAAUGCGGAAUCUGGCCAAGAAGGAGCCACUCGAGGAAGCCGCAGGUCGCAGGCUGGGCAAAACCCUUGAAAUUAAACAACUGGAUGUAUGUGAUGAGCAGUCUAUUAAAACCUGUGUGAACAGUAUCCCUGACAGGAGGAUUGAUGUCCUAGUUAGCAAUGCUGGAAUGGGGCUCAUCGGACCCAUUGAAUGUCAGACCAUAGAUGAGAUGAAAACCGUGAUGGAUACCAACUUCUUUGGACUGGUUCGGCUCCUGAAGGAGAUUUUGCCUGACAUGAAGAGGAGAAAGAGCGGGCAUCUAGUUAUAAUAAGCAGCGUUAUGGGAAUACAAGGUAUCUUAUUUAAUGACGUUUAUGCUGCAUCUAAGUUUGCUGUGGAAGGAUUCUGUGAAAGUUUGGCUAUACAAGCACUCAAGUUCAAACUGCAGUUGAGUUUGAUUGAGCCAGGCCCAGUGAUUACAGAGUUUGAAAGAAAAGUGUUUGAAGAUGGAAUGAAAAUGGAUCUUUCAGCUGCAGAUGAAGAAACGGCUGAGAUGUUUACUAAUAUUUACCUUAAAAAUUACAAACAGAUUUUCCAGAGCCUGGGACAGAGUGCUGAAGAUGUUGCAGAGCAUACAGUGAAGAUAAUUCUUGCAGAAAACCCACCCUUUCGCCACCAGACCAACACCUUGUACACACCAAUGACGACACUGAAAUACGCAGAUCCGAACGGAGAUCUGCCCAUUGACAUCUUCUACAAAAUGGUUUUUCAUCAUGACAAAAUCUUCAGCGCAAGUCUGAACUUCAUCAAAUUGCUAAGGUGGAGAAGUAGAAAGAGUUUUGACCUGGGAAAACCCUCACAAUGAGUUUCUAGAGUGCAAACUGGACCGCAGCAUGUUGUUAUUCAAAUACUUUUGCUCUGUAGUCGGAAAGAGGCAUUCACAACAUUUAUGCGAGCUUAGCUCUGAUAUUCAGCUCACAGAGUUUGUCUUUAACAUUACAGUUUGCAGAACCUUGAAAUUAAAGUCCUUUAAUGCCAGGUUUCUUCUGUUUAGUGUUUGCUCUUUAGAGAUCUGUUUUGAUGGGAACAUGGACUGAUCCCUGUGUGUUCAAUAUCCACCUGAUCCCCUUCAAUAAUUCAGAUGCCGCCUACCGAGGGGCUGACUGUAUAUAA